UCGAUUUAAAUAUCUACUGUUGACUCGCCGACGAGAUAAUAUUUGAUCUGCGCACUCAUUAUCCUUUUAUUAGGGUGAUUCUGUAGACAAGAACGAUCCGGUUAGAGCAGGAAAUCCCAGUGUAAACGAGUUCACGGAUCAUCUUCGUGGCUCGUACUUUCUGGUUUCAUUAAUUUUUUUUCUUUUUUUUUUUUUUUUUACAGAUGGCUUCAGGGGAAUGCAACGAAGACACCGAGGUUUAUAACAUCACCCUCAGCACCGGCGACGAGCUGACGUUGAUGGGCCAAGCUGAGAUCCUCUACGCCAAGACGUCCAGGGAGAAAUCCAGGUUCAACACUAUUUUCAAGAAGAUCGGGAAACUGAACUCCAUCAGUAAGAUCGGCCGGGGCAAGAUGCCGUGCUUGAUCUGCAUGAACCACCGCACCAACGAGAGCAUCAGCCUGCCUUUCCAGUGUAAAGGCCGCUUUAGCACUUGCAGUCCACUGGAGCUUCAGAUGCAGGAUGGCGAACACACCAUCCGGAACAUUGUGGAGAAAACGCGUCUCCCGGUCAACGUCACGGUACCAAGCACCCCGCCUCGCAACCAGCACGACCUCCACCUCAUCCGCGAGGGUCACCGCUAUAAAUUGGUUAACAUUCAGACAAAGACGGUGGUCGUUUGCUGCGUUCUCCGAAGCAACAAAAUCAUCCCCGCGCAUUUCCCCCUCCACAUGGCCAUGCCGAGAUUCAUCGUCCCGGAAGAACUGCUGCAGGGAGAGUUGUGGUUGGACACCAUGGUACAUCGUUGGUUCUCGUUCUGUCAGGAGCAGUUUGACAUCGACGACUACUCCCGUGCCGUCCGGGACGUGCGGGUGGACUGGGCCGAUGACGGGAAGAGCCCUAAGAAAGGCAGCGGCAACGGGAGCUGCAGCGGGAGCAGCGGCGGCAGCAACAGCUCCAACGGGUGUCCCGCCCACAUGCAGGUUCCCAGCUCUCUGACCUACGCCCGGGAUGAGCUCACCCAGUCCUUCCACCGACUGUCCGUGUGCGUGUACGGCAGCAAUCUGCACGGAAACAGUGAGGUCAACUUGCAGGGGUGUAUGACGCUCUGCGGGGACUGGGCUCUCCUGCCUUCCGACUGCGUUCCUUCAGACUCGGGAGAAAAAGAGCAUUUCUUCCCCGAGCUGCUGGACAGCACGAGCCAACAGCCGUCGUUCAACAAGUCGGACGUUCCGUACGAGGAACUGUGGUUGGAUCACUUGAGAAGUCAAAUCCCUAAACCCAAACCGAGCGAGGGAAUCCGAGGCAUCAACAAUGGCUGCUGCACAACGGCGGCCCUGUCAUACCCAGUCAGCUGUCCUCUGGGGACAGUAACCUGCUCGGAUGUCUCCCUCACUCCUCCACCGGUUCCACCGAAGUCUGAAGCUGUGAAGGAAGAAUGUCGCCUGUUGAACGCCCCGCCCAUCCCUCCACGCGGUCUGAAACAGAUGCCAACAUUACCCAUCCCGUCGAAGCCCCGGCAACAAGAGACGCGGUCUCCGAGUCCAACCCUGUCCUAUUAUUCUUCUGGUCUCCACAACAUAAGCGGAGCGUGUGAACAGGAAACAGCUGACACACAGGAGCAGAGCCAUGCGUGCUACCCGUGCAGCUGGGGCAAAUCCAGCAGCACCGAGACAAAUCUGCUGCCCCCCAGUACCCUGCCGUCAGAGGGGAUGUCCAGACUGUCUUGGCCAAAUAACUUCAGUGGCGGAGAAUCCAGCUGCAUGGAGGAAUUUUCACCAGCCAGCUGUCGGAGCUACUACAGUUACCCCAGGAAACGAUCCCCCAGCACCCCAAAGACCUGCACAUCCAGCCUGGUCAACUUCGACGGGCGAGAGCUUAGGGCUCACAUCAGCCAGGACUUCAGGUUGCAGAAUACGCCUCUCAUCCAGGUCUGCACCAAAUCCUCGAGUUACAAUUCGGACGUGUACAGGGACAAGCCCAUAGAAGAGUCUAACACUAAGCAGAGCCUCUCCUGCCCCAUCCUGCCCCCAAGAACACCCAAAUCGAACUCGGUCAAGAAAAGCCCCGACGUGGCGUCGGCCACAGUGACGGGCUGUGACGGUACAGAGGAACCUACGGAUUCCUCGCCGACUCCGCAGGAGCUGAGCACCACUGACAUUUAUUCCAUCUGCAGCUCGGUGAGCCUCAACUGUCCGUCCACGUCGGACACCGCCGCCCAGUGGCAGCCUCCGUCCGUCCUGGCGGGCCUUUCCAUCGAGGAGGUGUCGAAAUCGCUGAGAUUCAUCGGCCUGCCCGACGACAUCGUCUCGCUUUUUGUGUCGGAGAAGAUCGAUGGGAAUUUGCUCCUGCAGCUCACCGAGGAGAUUUUAUCCGAAGACUUCAAGCUGAGCAAGCUGCAGGUGAAGAAACUCAUGCAGUUCAUAAAUGGGUGGAGACCCAAGAUUUAACCUGGAGUAUAUGACACUAAAUCCCACAGAGUCUUGCCUUCAGUAUAAAUGCUAUGCACACAAAGCCACGAUUUUUUUUUUUUUUUUUUGUACAAUAUAAAUUUAACUCCUUGUUACUAAGAUGUGGGGAAGAUUGUCAGGGUUAGUUCUCUCAACCCCACUUUUACGAGUCUGUGACUAUUGACGAACUCUCCGAAACCGUUUGGCACUUUCAUGAAGACAUUUGAAGCCUGUCCCGAGUCAGUGACUUGCGUUAAAGUCAAGAUCCCCGCAAAUCUUACAUUAAAUCAAAGAUCAGAUUUAAAAAAAAAAAAAAAGACGGGUUCUUAAAGAAGGAAUUCAUAAAAUUGAACAUUUUUAACAGGAGCACAAAUUAGAGAAUGGAUAACGCACAAGCUGUGUUUUUUUUUUUUUUUAAGAUCUGUGUUGACUUACAUCACGCACGAUCUGAAAUUCCAAACCUGAAACCAAACGAACAGGCGUUAAAGUUUGAUUUCUUUAUACAGCCAUGGUAUUAGUUGCAUUUAAGGUAUGCAAUUUGUAAGAGAAAACAUGAAAUUCUCUUUAUAUACAAGUUACCGUAAGUGCUUUUCCGUAAAAAAAAAAAAGGCAAUUUAAUGUAUGGCUAACCUGCAUACAAACAUAAUUUUAAAAAAAAUCUAAAAUUAGACUGGAGUUUAUUUUUCUAUGUAGUAAUAAUUUACAUUAACAUAAAACUUGAAUUUAAUUAUUACUGGCAUCUAAUCGUGGGCCGGAUGUGGGUGCUUUGCGGGCCAGAAAUGGUCCGCGAGCCGGGAGUUUGAGACACCUGGCAUGAAUGGCUGUGUAUGAUUCAUUAUAUCGGUCUGAAGUUUAAUAGUUUACUGACUUCAUUUAAAAAAAAAAGAAUUGCUGAAUGCAUCCAAAUCGACCUUUUCACGCUACAAAACACUAAUCUAGAAUAAGCCAAGUCUGAGAGGAACGACCUGUUCUUCUCUAAUACAGGCUCUCGCUUCAGUUUGAGGCCUUUUUGUUUUUAAAAGAAUAUAUUAAAUGCUGCGACUAAGCUAAGAAAAGGCUCCACUAACCCAAGGUUAUUAAUAACAAAACUGAAUGGCUAAGGCUCAACGAUCCUUCCCUAAAAACUAACGUUCACAUAGAAACGUCUAAUACAAAUUAUGCAUCUUGCACUUUGGUAGCUUUUCUGUCCGAAUAACUGCAGUUAUACACCAUACAUGUAAAAAAAAAAAAAAAAAAACAAUUUAAGAGAAUACGAUGUUUUUAUGUGGGGAGACAAA